CUUCACCGGCCGCAUUCCCACCUGGCGGAUGCGUCGAAAAUGACGUUCGUGGGCGGGGCGAUGACGUCAGAGGGCCGGGCGAGGGCGGGGCUCGUGCUCACGUGGUGCGGACGCGACGGAGUGCAGGUCCUUCUCCUGGCGCUGCUGAUGCUCCCUCUGCUGCGCACGGCCUGCCAGCUCUUCUCCUCCAUGGCCGCCUCCGCCGGGCGCCCCUACGUCCCCGGGACCCUCUCGGCCGCCUUCGUCACCUGCCCCAACCAGACCGUCGCCCAGGAGAUUGCCAGGGCCCUCGUGGAGAAGAAGCUGGCAGCCUGCGUCAACAUCAUCCCCCAGAUCACCUCCAUCUACGAGUGGAAGGGCAAGAUUGAGGAGGACUCGGAGGUGCUGCUGAUGAUCAAGACGCGCAGCUCUCGUGCCUCGGCCCUCGCAGAGUUUGUCCGGUCGGUGCACCCUUACGAAGUGGCGGAGGUGAUCGCUGUCCCCAUCCAAGAGGGGAACCCUCCCUACCUGCAGUGGGUCGAGGAGACUGUCCCAGAGUGAAGCGGAGGGGCUGGGGGGCGCCCCACGGCCAAGAAGGUGGUUUGAGGAGGAGAGCAGAAAUAAACACCUCUCCGCCCCUGCCUGGUGGGGAGAGAGCCAA